AUGCAGAAGGUAUUGUGUGAUGCUUACUGGGAUGAAUUGCCAGACUCUGCGGUGGUGGCCGUGUUCCGAGCCAGGACGUUGCGGAAUUUAUGGCAUAAGCGUGCAUGGAGGAAUGUCUCCCCUCGGCCGCAGCUCCGCAUCCACGCCUGGCUGGCGACGGUGGGUACUCUUCGGUCACAAGGCCAACCUGCAGGCGUCCAUCGAAAGGAACUUCAUUAUGGCCACACCAAAACGAGGGGAGAUUCUAUACCGCAAGGCUUUGACUUCCGUUCCCAGAUCGGUCAACUGCGCGGAAUCCCUCUGACCAGGCUUCCGGAACUGUCCUACCUGCGACUCCUCUGGUAUGCGAGUCCUCUGAACCAAACGAUCUUUGAUGUCCCCUAUUGGAACCCUGUGACUGCUACCCAACAUCGUCUUUGGGACCAAGUGCUGAAAGGUAAUUUCACAGACCUCUUCCGAGCUGACGAGCUCCUCGUCGCAGUACGUCUCCAAGACCGGAACCCUUGGUCGCCCGAGGCCAUCCGCGCGGCUGUCGGACCUGCUCGGCUCUCCGAUCCGUCCACAUCGAUGACGCCUUUGGCUCCAGUGCCUUUGGCUCCAGUGCCUUUGGCGUCUCUGCCUCUGGCGUCUCUGCCUCUGGCGCCUCUAGGGCACGUCCAGUUAUGCCAGUUGUGGAGCACGUCCGACACUGGGACACCUACGCCUAUCGGGCCCGUCCGAAUCUGGACAAGACCCCACAAUUAG